AUUCUCUAGCCACAUCUCGGUAUAUCUUGUAGUCCGUGCACCCGUGUGCUAAUCCUCAACAAUGCCCGGUUUUACUUUUUUCAGGUCAAGAUCGUUGUCUUAGAUUCGUCAACUCAUCACUCUAUCACAUCGCAUAUGCGUGAUUCAGGGUGAACACCAGCCUCCUACGAUCUAAAUACCAAUACCAAUCAUGAAGCCUUAUUCUCUAGUUCGUAAAAGAAAUAUAUUGGCUUUCAAAAUUCUGCCUACCUAGGUACCUGGGUAGGUAUCCUAAUGGCAGUUUCAUAAUCAAUAUCCUUUUUCGGUGAGAACGCGGGUGGUCACCAACUAAACAUCGAUUCCUUUUCGAAGCCCUAUUAUUCGAAAGAUAUACAAUGGCAGAGAUGAUCAAUUACGCGUUGCGCCAGCUCAGGUACAACAUCGGGAAUAUUCUCCCGAACCCUGGCGGUUAAGAGCCUGUCCGACUGGUUAAUCAGUAAAUAAUUCCACUGAGGCGCAGGCGUAAGGCUCUGUCGAGGCCGCCAGGGUUCAACAUGAGUAAAUGAAAUACAAUGCGCCUUAUUAAGCCGAAUCUCCCAUUCCGUGAUGUGAAGAUGAAUAGAUUUGAUAUUGACGAAAUUAGACCAAUACCGUUGAUACUAUUACCUGAUUAAAUUUCCUGGUAUGGACCAAGAUUUGAAAACUCCCUUGUCAACACAAGUCACCCUUGUCAGUCGAAGCAGCACUCAGAGCCUUGCAACCUAUACAUCCCUGGAGCAUAGCGAGAGUCGCUCCCUGUUGGCACCACCUACAGAUCAAGACCUUUCUCGAAGAUGGGACCAUCCUUACCAUCCUUCCACGUCAAGAAGAUUUCGUCACAUAAAUACUAGCAAGAGAAGAACCAAUUCACAUACUAGAUCUUCAAAUAAGACAGAUCCUUGUCCGAGAUGCCUCUCCCCAAGGAAACAGAAGAAUCGAGACCUCGACCUCGAAAAGGUCCAUCGACGACUUGUGGAAAUGGGUAGGAGGCAAGAACAGUUUCUAGAAAUUCUCCAACAAACACUUGAUAAAAAAGAAAACUCGGGGUUUCCUUCUCAAAUCAGUAUCAAUCGAUACCAACCAAGCCUUGAUAUGAUGAGUUCUUACUCUCUACAAAGGUAUCAUUCGGUCACACUAAAUCCGGAUCUGACCUGGCUAUGCGACAUGUUCCUAGCAAAAUUCAACAUCUUCCAUAUCCUAUCUGGCUCAUAUGACGCCAUUGAACUUAUCCACAUGCACGGCUGGGAACGAGAUAGUUCUAGCGAUGUUAUCCUCGUAGUUCAACAAGCUACUAGCGAGGGUUCACAAACGAUAGAAGUUCCAUGGAAACACAUUGACCAGAUGAGAGAACCAAAUCUCGCCAGAAAACUCACCCAGGUCGCUCCACUAGUCAGAGCAAACUGGCUGUAUCAAGGAAGAUCAAUACGGGAUCCUGAUGAAAUUGCUGUACCGUUUGAAUCAGAUGUCUCCGACUCUGUUCUUCUCUUGAACUGCCCAGGGGACACGAGGACUAUAUUAUACCAAUCAGGCUAUGAUAGAUCUGGUGCUCACUUUUCCAGAUCACCUUGGCUAAGCGGAAAACGCUCACUUUUAUGUCAACUCCAGCCUGAUGAUCAUAGGUUACAGAUUGAUCAAUCAUGUCCUUGGGAUGGGAAGGUUUUCGGAAGAUUAUGGCAAGUGUUUCAUGACCGGCGACUCCUUAGCUUUGCCUGCAUAUAUCUCGCCUUAUCACAGAUGGCCGUCGCAGGAGAUGUCAGCCAAAUGACGCUAGGAACCAAAAAGGCUCUUCGUUUCUUAAGUUGUUACGUAUCGAAAUGGCCACGAUUCAUGCAAACGAGCGAAGUUUGGGUAUCGUCCAGUUGGAUUCACCUCCACUUUCAUCUUCGGGUUCUAUCAACCGGCAAGCAGUACUUACCGACUGACCACGAGUACCAACUGAAGAAUGGACUGCACCCCGCUCGCGUCCAUGGCAAGCUUAGUUCGCUUAACGGCAUGGAUGAUAUCGGCAUUAUCGAACAAAGGUUCGCUAUUGCGAUCGUUUCUUCUCAUACAGGAGAUAUGCCGUCCUAUACUAUUAUCUGCUUAAGCGACUCUGGAUAUCGGCGCCUCUUCAUGGAGAGCGAGCGUCCUCUAGAUAUGCCAAGCCGAGGAAGAUUUACAGCUGUCGCGGUAUACCUGAAAGUUCUACUCUCUGUGUUUCCUAUAUGGAAGCGUAAGUGGAUUGAGACUCUAAAUGAGGUGGACAACCUGGUCGGUGUAAAGAUCGAUGAUCUUCUAGACCCAAAACGAGGCGGUGCCGCGAUGAUGUUCGAUAGUACAUUCGACAGAUCUCGUCUCUAUUUUACAGUCCUUCAAGCAUUAAGAAUAUUUUCCGAGUGGAUCCAAGAGGGCGAACGGGAACUUCAACAGCUUAAACAAGAUUUCUACUCGAAUAUUCAAUCCGGUUCAGGUCGCCGCGGCUCUGCCGAUUCAAACCAUAGCGACGCGCCCCCAAAUGAUUUUAUGAAAGGGAUUGAUGAUGCAUGGGAGGAAGCCAUAUCUUUUCAUAGUUCCUCCACGAAAUCCCUUCUAUAUCGCAUCGAAAAGAAGGAAGAGGAGAUAAAAAGUUUUAGGGAUGGUCUCUUCAGUGCUACAUCUGUGCGUGAGGCAUCUCGGGCAACUGUCCUGAACCAAUACAUCCUUGUAUUCACGAUUGUUACUAUAUUUUACCUUCCACUCAGCUAUGUUUCCUCACUAUUUAGUAUGGACGCCUUUGCCUACGACGAUGUUAGUCGUGGUCAAUCCGCGUUCCUGAUUUCUACGAUCAUGAUAGCAUUCAUCACAUGGGCGGUAUCGGCUAUCGUGCUUUGGAUUGUCCACGACGAUAGCAGGGUAGCUAAGCUUAAGGAAUUAUCAGCUAGGCUUAAGUUAAAACCCAUUGGUUCGCUAUGGAAGCAUAAGUUCAAAGAGGAAAGCUCGGAUCCGAUAUUUCAAGGCGUAUAGAACGAUGUUUUCAUGGUUAUUUAGGGGAGAACAGGAUCAUGAUGACUGGACUGUAACAUAUAGAUGUAUAGGCUUGAGGAAGAUACGUAACACCUUUACGACACUACCAUAGUCAAUCCAGACUCAUGAAUUCGGUUUAUUUCAU